AUGAUAAAACUUUUACAUGAUUUAUCUGAACCGUUGGUUCCACCUAAAGAGACUUAUGUUCAAGACGAAUUCUUUGGUGUCUAUUGUCUGGUGAGCAGAAGUGUAGAGAAGGUUUACAAGAAUCGUUGUUAUAUUGGCUACACUGUUGACCCUAACAGGCGAAUCCGACAGCACAAUUCUGGCAGAGAACAUGGAGGAGCGAAAAAAACUGAUAGCAAAGGACCUUGGGAUAUGGUUUGUAUAGUCCAUGGCUUUCCAAAUGCAAUUUCUGCUCUCCAGUUUGAAUGGGCUUGGCAAAACCCGGACAAAUCAAAACGACUCAAACGUCGUUACAUGCAAAAAGAUCGAAAAGAAACUCCUUUUGCUUUUCGCUUUCGAAUUGUUAUUCAAAUGUUAAACACGCGACCUUGGCGAGAAUUGGCAUUGACUUUUAGGUGGCUGAUAAAGAUAAUACAAGCUCUGAGAUGUCCAGCAUUUGAAGUUUGUGGUGCGCAUUUCCAUGGUUUUUUUUCUUUAAUAAUAACUGAUAAUUUCAUAAAUUUAGCUUCUUGUCUUGCUGAGCGUUGCUUAGAAUCUGAAGGGCAUUUGGAGGAAAAGGUUUUUCCAGUCUCUGGGCGGUGUCCAAGAUGUGCUGUUGAUUUUUUAUGGGGAGAUGUUGUUAGAGAUCUUAGAGCACUGCUACUAAUACAGGAUUCAAAACCGAUGCACGAAGGCAUGAAAAUUGCAGAUGGAUUGAUCCCUAAGAAGAUUUGUAGAAGUUGAUUUUGUA